AUGACUCCUAAACUUAAAAGAAGAAAACCCUAAAAAAGAGCUUCUCCUAUUUAAAGCAAAGACAUUAAGGUUAUUGUUAUUGAUAGUACUAAAAGAGAUAAAAAAAAGUAAGAAGUGAAAAAAAAGGCAACCAAAAAAUAGUUAAGCAAAUUAUAAAAAUUUCAAGCACAGAUGAUUCCUUAAAAUAAUGUAGAUUAGAUAAGAUUAUAACAUAUCUCAUGUAAAAUACUGUGAUUUACUUUAGCUAAAAUUUAGUAAAAUUAUAGAACUCAAAAUCAGUCAUAUUUAUUAAAAAUUAAAAAUUUAUACGAUUAAUAUAAAUCGUUGAUUUUAAAAUAUACAUUGUUAACUGAGCUAGAUGAUUUCACUUUUACCCUUGAUUUACUUAGAAAAACUAUAAUAAAUACUUUUAUUAAUUAGAUUAAGCAAAGUUUUAAUUUUUAAAAAAAGAUUCCUAUACAAAUGAUUGCAAUAGAUCAAAUGAUAUCUACAUCUUAAAAAAAUAAUACUUAAACUUAUUAAUAAGAAAUUUAAAGUUUGCUUAAACCAAUUUUUAGACCAGAAACAAUUGAUUAGCCAUAUAUAAAAUUAAAAAUAAUGAUGCAAUAAAGAAAUAUAUAGAAAAAAUUAGAAGAGAAGAAUUAACUCUUUUAAAAUUUAAAAGAUUAAAGUCUAUAAAAUGGUUUUGAUAAUGAAAUGGGAGAUUUGCAUUUUUCUUCAUUAAAUUAUGGUGAACUUUUGGAAGCAUAAUUAAAGCAAGAAUUAAUUGAAAAUGCAAAGUCACGAUAAACUGAAUUUUUGAAUUUAGAUGGAUUUUUUAAAAAUUAAAAUAUAUAGAAUCCUAAAUAAUAAAUAAAUUCAAUAAGACAAUUUUUAAUUAAACCAAUAGCUAAAUAAUAAAUGGAAAUAAGUAAAAUUUCAGUAAAAUCAAGAAAUUAAAGUAAGGAAUCAUGUUUUUCAAGAAAUGACUAAUAUUUUACUCCAUUUUAAUCAAACAUGUUAUAAUUAAAAGGUAUGCCCUAUUAAAAUUAAGAUAUUAAAUUAUAAAAUAAAUAGAAUUAUUUACCUAAUUUAUAAGCACACAUGAGUAGAAUAUAAAAUUUAAAUACUUCUUUUGAAUUACCUUUUGAAUUAGAAUCAUAAACAAGUUGUACUCCAGCAAAUGCUAAAAAAACAAUGUUAGUUUAAAAUAGACCAAUUAAUAAAAUAAGUUGUGAAGGUGGAUGUAGAGAAAUAGAUAAAUAUAGUUAUAAUUCUAGGAAAUAAAUUCAAAAUCCAAAUUUAAGUGUUAAUAGAAAUGAUAUAAAUUAGUCACAAUUAUUUAAUUAUUAAAAUAGAAGUGUUGAUUUUGGUCGAUAAUUAGGAUUUAGUAAUUUAUAUAAUUCAAAAAUGUUUAAUACAAAUAAUAAUUAAAUCAAUGUUAAUAAUAAUAAUAAUUUAUAAUUUUCAAAAAUAUAAUCAUUACAUGCUAGUACAAUAGUGAAUGAUUGGUUAAGUGAAUCUUCAUAGAGUAGAUUAGUUCUUUAAUAAUAACAUAUAUUUUAAUAAUAUAAUUGGAUAAUAUUUACAAAUGAAAAUAGUAAUAUGAGAUUUAGUAGAUAGAUAAAUAUUUAAAAUUUAAAAUUAUUAUGUGUUUAAAUAGAUUCUAACUUUUUUGAUGAUUAUGAAUAUAUAUUGUUGAGUGAUAAAUUUAAAAUAUUAAUAAUGGAACAAAAAGAUUUAGUUAGUCCUGAAAUGCAUAUGAGAUUGGGAAAAGGGGAUGAAAAAGGGGCAAUUCAAGCUCUAAUUAAUAAAAUGAAAAUAUAAAUGCAAUAAUUUAUGCUAUAAUAUAAUAGUAGAUAAGUUAUUGUUUUGAUUUAAUAUUAACAUUAAUUCUUUUUAAGAAUGCUUAUAGAAUACAUAUUUCCAUAAUUAGGAUAAUUGUAGGAAUAAUAUAAAAUAACUCCAUUUUAUUAGAUAGAAGAGUUACAAGAAAUAAUAUUUGAUCUAAUAUAGACUUAAGAAAACAUUAGAUAUGAUAAAUUAAUAAAAGUACCUAAUGAUCUUAAUAAAUUUCGAUCAAAAAUAUAAAACAUUGAAUUUUCUAAUUUGGUUACAAUGAGAUGCUUAAAUCAAUUAUAUUAGACAUUAGUAUAGCAAUUAACAAAUUGA